UUACAUAUAUGAACUCGAGGGGCGGUUAGGCUGGAACUUGGCGCUUUUCAGCGUCCUUUGUACUACUACUAGGAAGGCUGAUGCACUGACGAUACGCCCUUAUGACGAGGUGGGAAACGCUUGCUUCUCUUCUUUCAUUUAUUCCUUAUCAAUUAAGCGCCUCAUGGCCGCCAUGUUGGCGGACGAUUAUCUUCCACGAACCCCUCAUCUUGGCCUCCCCGAGUUAUGCCAUGCCAUUAUUCUAUCAAGAUCUUCGUUGCCUCCUGCCUGGGAGGCUCUCUUGUCUUUUGCCUUUUUGCGCCCAACACAGCGCGACAGGGCGCUGCAGUCUUUCUGUCAGGGGAUGUGACAGCGUCUAUCCAUCUUGAGGCCGGCUAAGAGCCCCUAACUCGCCGAUCCGGGCGCCAGUCCCUUACUUCCAAAGGGCAUCUCAGCAGGCCGGCCCGAGGUUCGUGGUACUCGGCGACAUAUUAGUCGGUCUAUUUUUUUCCCUUCUUU